GAAGUAUAUUGGGAGAGUGAGCCCAUAUAUAUCUCGACUUCAGAUUGGAGAUGCCUUAAGAUAUCUAUAAGAAGAUAGAUUCUUACCCUUUAAUUCUUUAUCAAAUGCAAUCGAGGAGAGGGAGAAUUGCUCCUAAUAUUGAAAUUCCAAACGUAUCCAAGUCUUUUUACUCACUUUCUCAACAACCUAUAGAUGAUAACGUCAUUAUGUCAGAUAUCGAUAAUUCACCCCCCAGAUCCUUCAUAAUCGUCACAGUCCUCAGUUUAUUGACUUAUCUCCUCUUAAACUUCAUGUGCUCUGUCUCCGAUCCCCUCGAGCCUCCCAUAGUCACAACACGCAUUCCAUACAUCGGCCAUCUCCUUGGACUUGGACGACGAAAAUUCAACUACUAUGUUGAUCUCAGCCAGAAAACACGCCUCCCAAUCCUCACAAUACGUGUUCCAGGCGCCAAAAUGUACAUUGUGAAUACACCGGAACUCAUUCAGGCCGUCCAAAAACUACACAAAAAACUAGCGUUUCCGCCAAUUUCGGCAGCGUUUGCAAAUCAACUUUGUGGGGUUAGCAAGAAAGCGAGGGAUGUAUUGGCGGUUAAUGUUAAUGGAGAUGAGGGGGAUUGGGGAUUGAAUAUGGAGGCGACACAUGUUAUGAAGAAGGCGAUGGCGCCGGGACCAGGCUUGGAUGGCAUGAAUAGGGUUAUGGUCCGGAAUGUUGCGGAGAGCUUGGAUGGAUUGAUUGGAGAGGAGAAGGAGAGUGUCAAGAUUGAACUUCAUGCGUGGUUGAGAAGUUUAAUUACCAUGGCGACAACGGAAUCAGUUUAUGGACCGAGAAAUCCUUACAGGGCCGUGGAGGUUCAGGAUAGCUUUUGGUAUUUCUCUCUGGUGACUUGUGUGAAGUUUUGAAAACUAAUCAUCGCGUUAGGGAAUUGGAGAGUCAGAUGAUGAGAUUGCUAAUCGGAAUACUCCCCUCUGUCUUUGCUCGCAAAGGUAUUGCAGCACGCGGAAGAGUCACAAAAGCUUUUGAAUCAUAUUACUCAGCAAGUGAUUUCAAGGAUGCUUCUCUGCUUGCGCAAGCUCGCCUGGAGGUCAAUAUCAAGCAUGGUGUUCCAAUCAAAGAUGUUGCCAGAUAUGAAACUGUCAUCGGAGUUGCCAUUAUUGUUAAUACCGCACCUGCUCUAUUCUGGUUGAUAUUCUUCAUCUUUUCGAACCCUGAACUCCUGGAAGAGAUACGUAGUGAGAUUGAGGCGAUUGUGGAAACAAGUAUUACCGAAGAUGGAACUGUGGUGCGAAGUCUCGAUGUCACGAAUGUGAAGACAAAAUGUCAUCUUCUAUUAUCGACCUUUCAGGAAACUCUUCGCCAUCGAUCCGCUGGGACUUCUGUCCGGAAAGUCAUGGAAGAUACUUUGCUGGAUGAUACAUGGCUACUGAAGAAAAAUUCCAUCAUUCAAAUGCCUGGUCGUGUUAUUCAUAUGGAUUCCAAAAUCUGGGGAUCAGACGUUGCAGACUUCAAUCCUCGACGAUUUCUCAAAGACGGAAAUGUCAAACGUCCCAAUCCAGCCGCAUUUCGUACAUUUGGCGGCGGCACUACUUUAUGUCCCGGUCGUCACUUUGCUACGAAUGAAAUAUUGGCCGUUGUUUCAAUGUUCGUGAUGCGAUUUGAUAUGAAGCCAGUUGAUGGAAAUUGGAAAUUGCCAAAAUCUGAUAAUACGAAUGUGACUACUGUGAUAAUGGAACCGGAUACGGAUAUUGGUGUAGUAGUAUCUCAAAGGAAAGAGGUUGGGGAUGGAAAAUGGACAUUUAAGUUGUCGGACUCUAAGACAAUAGCUUCGGUGGCUAUUGAGGAUCGUGUUGACUCAUAAUAUGCUGCACUGAAUAUUGCUGGAUUGCCGAAAAGUACUCCCAUGUUAAUGACGUCAUUACUUUGCACA